AUGCUACUGCGAAACAUAGACCAGACUUCAGGUUUAUGCAACGGGACAAGAUUAAUAGUUAACAUACUUGGCAGCAACGUAAUUGGAGCGGCGGUAGUGACCGGUAGAAAUAUUGGAGAUAAAGUGUACAUUCCAAGAAUGAACUUGAUCCCUUCAGAUUCAGGAUUGCCAUUUAAGUUCCAACGGAGACAAUUUUCAUUAACAGUAUGCUUUGCAAUGACCAUUAACAUGAGUCGGGGUCAAUCAUUAUCACAUGUACGGCUUUAUUUGUCAAAAUCAGUGUUCACCCAUGGACAACUUUAUGUUGCUUUGUCAGGAGUUAAGAGUCGCAGUGGCCUCAGGGUUUUAAUUCUAAACGAAGACGGCAAUCCAAAGUCAUCAAUAACAAAUGUCUAA